UGGUGACAUUCCAGGAUGUGGCUGUGGACUUCACUGAGGAGGAGUGGGGCCUCCUGGACCAUUCUCAGAAAGAGCUGUACAAAGAGGUCAUGCUGGAGAAUGCCCAGAACCUGCUGUCCCUGGGGCUUCCAGUUACCAGAGAAGAUCUGAUCUCCUCUUUUCAGAAAGGGGAAGCACCAUGGAUUCUGGAACCAAAAGGCCCAAGGAACUUUUAUUUAGAUAUAGAGACCAAGUUCAAAGUAAAUGAGAUGCCUAGGAAGCUGGGAAUUUUUGUGGAAGAACGUGACCUGCAAAGAUUCAUGAGUGAUCAUCCCUGGGACUUUAAGCUGAGGGAAAUCCAUGACUCUAAUAUUAAGGGAGAUAAAAAUCCGAAGAGUGACUGUGAAUUUAAUGAAAUUGGAAAGAGAUUCAGACAGUCUUCAAUCCUAAAGCACUGUAACAAAAUGACUUUAGGGAAUGAAUGUGUUCAGGAUGGUGUACAUAGCAAGUGCUUUACUGAAGAGGUAGAGCUUUUUCAGUCCCGAGGGAAGCCUCAUGAAAUGCCAGUGUCUCCAGAUAGUGAAUGGGAAAUGGCCUUGAGCUGGAUUUCAGAUCUCAUUCAUAUCUCACAUCAUAAAAGUGAUACUGGAGAAAUGCUUUCUGUAAGUAAUAAAGGUGGGAAGGCCUUGAGUCAGAACUCUAAGUUCAUCACUCAUCAGCAAAUUCCCAUUCAAAAGGAGCCUGGGGAAUAUAACAAAGGUGAAAGAACCUCAUGCCAUCAUUCAUCCUUUCCUUACCAACCUAUAUUUCACCUUGGAAUGAAAAGAUAUGCAUGUUCUCAGGGUAAGAAGGCCUUUGGUUGGAGCUCAGAUGUUGAUAAAUCUCAGAAGAUUCAUACUAAGGAGAAGUUUUAUAAAUGUGAUGAAUGUGGGAAGGCUUUCUCCUACAGAUCACUCCUUAUUGGCCAUCAGAGAUUCCACAAUGGAGAGAAACCUUUUGAAUGUAAUCAAUGUGGAAAAGCUUUCAGGCACAGAUUCAGUUUUGCUACACAUCAGAGAAUCCACACUGGAGAGAAGCCUUAUAAAUGUAUCCACUGUGGAAAAGCUUUCACACAUAGCUCCCAUCUCACUACACAUCAGAGAAUCCAUACUGGAGAGAAACCUUUUGAGUGUAAUCAGUGUGGAAAGGCUUUCAGGCACAGAUCCAGUCUUGCUGUACAUCAGAGAAUCCACACUGGAGAGAAACCUUUUGAGUGUAAUCAAUGUGGAAAGACUUUCACCCAGACAUCCACUCUUGUUAAACAUCAGAGUAUCCACACUGGAGAGAAGUCUUGUAGAUGCAAUCAGUGUGGAAAGGCUUUCACCCACAGGUCUACUCUUGCUAAACAUCAGAGUAUCCACACUGGAGAGAAUUCUUAUAGAUGUAAUCAUUGUGGAAAGGCUUUCACCCAGAGGGCCACUCUUGCUAAACAUCAGAGUGUCCACACUGGAGAGAAGCCUUAUAAAUGUAAUCAGUGUGGAAAGGCUUUCACCCACAGGUCCACUCUUGCUAAACAUCAGAGUAUCCACACUGGAGAGAAACCUUUUGAAUGUAAUCAGUGUGGGAAGACUUUCACCCACAAGUCUGGUCUUGCUACACAUCAGAGUGUCCACACUGGAGAGAAGUCUUAUGUAUGUAAUCAGUGUGGAAAGGCUUUCAGAGGGAGGUCCACUCUUGUUGCACAUCAGAGAAUCCACACGGGAGAGAAGCCUUAUAGAUGUAAUCAAUGUGGAAAGACUUUCACACAUAGCUCCUAUCUCACAAGACAUCAGAGAAUCCACACUGGAGAGAAACCUUUUGAAUGUAAUCAAUGUGGAAAGACUUUCACCGACACGUCUGGUCUUGCUAAACAUCAGAGUAUCCACACUGGAGAGAAGUCUUACGUAUGUAAUCAGUGUGGAAAGGCUUUCAGAGGGAGGUCCACUCUUGUUGCACAUCAGAGAAUUCACACUGGAGAGAAGCCUUAUAGAUGUAAUCAAUGUGGAAAGACUUUCAAAUUUAGGCAGAGUCUUGCUGCCCAUCAGAGAAUCCACACUGGAGAGAAACCUUUUGAAUGUAAUCAAUGUGGAAAGGCUUUCACUCAAAGCUGCCAUCUUGCUAAUCACCGGAGAAGCCACACUGGAGAGAAGACUUAAAGAUGUAAUCAGUGUGGAAAGGCUUUCAAAUAUAGCUCCAAGCUUGGUAAACAUCAGAGAAUGCACACUAGAGAUACACCUCAGUGGUGUGAUGAAUAUGGCAGAGCCCUUAGUUACCACUUGUCUUGAGAGAAACUUUGAAUAUCAUCAAGGUGGUAAUGCCUUCAGGCAACAAUCAUCUCUCAUUUCCCAUCUCAGAAUUCAUAUGAGACAGAAAUCUGGUGAUUGUCAUGAGUAAGGAAAGGCAUUCACAUGGAGUUCAGAACUUCUUGAGUAUCAGAGGAACCAAUCUGAGGACUACUUCCCUGUAGACUCAAAUGUGCUCAGGGGGGCUGUGUUUUCCAUUGGAGGAGAGUGAUCAGUAGACAAUUUUAUCCUUACUGGAAUGAAGGUUGAUUCAUGCAAAAUGUGAAAAGGGCUUCACCUAGAGUGUCUGCUUGAAUACACUUUGGGAAAAUCAUGCUGGAGAUAAGUCAGGGAUUUAAUUAACAGAAGAAGGCCUCCUGCUGCCACACAGAAUUUCAUUGGACCUCCUAAGAGAAGAGACCUCAUUAAACAUCCCAAAUUCCACCCUGUGCAUUAAGAACUAUAAAUACACCGAUUUUUGUGGGAAAUCCUAAUUUUUUUCAUCCCUCCUCAGUAUACGAUGGUAUUUAUAGAGUAUCAUUUCUUCAGCCAUUCCUCCAUUAAUUGGCGCUCACUUUGUUUCCUGUACUUUACAGGCACAAAGUUCUUUGUAUAAACAUUGUGGGUACUGUUGGAUGUUAAUUUCUUUAAUGAUUUUUUGAAGCAGCUUAUUUGGUAAAAAUCAUCAGGAAAACUGGAAAGAAAUAUGUCAGAAAUUGGACAGAGACCAGUAUCUCACAUCAUUAACAAAAUAAGGUCAAAAUGGAUAUAUGAUGUAGUACGCAGAGAGAUUUUAUAAGAAAAUUUGAAGGACAUGGAACAUAUUACCUAGCAGACAUGAAUAGAGUACAAUUUCUGAAGAAACUAGAGACGGAGAGCAGUUACAAGUAGGAUGGAUAAUUUUGGUGGCAUUAAAUUAAAAAAGGUUUUGUACAAAUAAAACAAAUGUAGCCAAGAUCCAGAAAGAAAAAGCAAAUUGGGUAAAAAAAUUUAUAUACAGUUUCUCAGUCUCAUAACUCAAAUAUACAAAGAUCUUUGUAAAAUCUAUAAGAAUGCAAGUCAUUCCCCAAUUGAUAAAUGGUGAAAGGAUAUGAACAGGCAGUUUUCAAAUGA